CGAGGCGCGCCGCACGCUGGCCCCGGCGCGCGGAGCUCUGGGUUCCCGGGCGGGCACCGGCUCGAGGCGCGGCGGCCGGGCGAGCGCAGCCGGGGCAGCCGCGGUGGAAUAUGGGCGGGAACCACUCCCACAAGCUCCCCGCGUUUGACGAGAAUGAGGAAGUCAACUUUGACCAUUUCCAGAUUCUGCGGGCCAUUGGGAAAGGGAGUUUUGGAAAGGUGUGCAUCGUGCAGAAGCGAGACACUAAGAAGAUGUACGCGAUGAAGUACAUGAACAAGCAGAAGUGCAUCGAGAGGGAUGAAGUUCGGAACGUCUUCAGGGAACUGCAGAUCAUGCAGGGGCUGGAGCACCCCUUCCUGGUCAACCUGUGGUACUCCUUCCAGGACGAGGAGGACAUGUUCAUGGUGGUGGACCUGCUCCUUGGGGGGGACCUGCGCUACCACCUGCAGCAGAACGUGCAUUUCACAGAAGGGGCUGUGAAGCUCUACAUCUGUGAGCUGGUGCUGGCCCUGGAGUAUCUGCAGAGGUACCACAUCAUCCACAGAGACAUCAAACCAGACAACAUACUGCUGGACGAGCACGGACACGUUCACAUUACAGACUUCAACAUAGCGACGGUGGUGAAAGGGGCAGAGAAGGCCUCCUCCAUGGCUGGCACCAAGCCCUACAUGGCCCCAGAAGUGUUCCAGGUGUACGUGGACGGAGGCCCCGGGUACUCUUACCCCGUCGACUGGUGGUCCCUGGGUGUCACGGCCUACGAGCUACUGCGGGGCUGGAGGCCAUAUGAAAUCCACUCGGCCACGCCUAUAGAUGAGAUCCUCAACAUGUUCAAGGUGGAGCGCGUCCACUACUCAUCCACGUGGUGCAGGGGGAUGGUGGCCCUGCUGAAAAAGCUCCUGACCAAGGACCCCGAGAGCCGCCUGUCCAGCCUCCAUGACAUUCAGAGUGUGCCCUACUUGGCCGACAUGAACUGGGACGCGGUGUUUGAGAAGACGCUGAUGCCCUGCUUUGUGCCCAAUAAAGGGAGAUUGAAUUGUGAUCCCACAUUUGAACUUGAAGAAAUGAUUCUAGAAUCCAAGCCACUUCACAAAAAGAAGAAGAGGUUGGCAAAGAACAGGUCCAAGGAUGGCACGAAGGACAGCGGUCCUCUGGAUGGACACCUGCAGCAGUGUUUGGAGACGGUACGGAAGGAAUUCAUCGUAUUCAACAGAGAGAAGCUCCGGAGGCAGCAGGGGCAGGGCAGCCAGCUCUCGGACACAGAAGGCCGAGCUGGGGGCCGGGCCCAGGGCAAGCUCCAGGAUGGGUACAACAACAACAUCUUUGGCCACACCUGCUCCCACGGCUGCAGCAGCUAAGCCCCUACCUGCAGCUGCCCAGAGGGACUGCACACGACUCUGCCCUGCCCGCCCAGAGCCCCUCUCUGUGCCCGAUUGUCCCUGCCUCAGCCCUGAAAACAUCACACGCAGAAAGAGCCUUGGACUUGGAGCUGGGAGCCUGGGUUCUGGUCCCAGCUCCCUGACUGGUUCAAUGUGUGACCUCAGACAAGUCACACCCUCCCUGUGCCUCAGUUUUCUGCAUCUGCCAAAGGGGUUAAACAUCUCUGCCCCACUUCAAAUCACAAGAGGAUUGUGAGAAUCCAAUUAGGUAGCAGACAUGCAAAACCUUUGGUAUUUAUAACAUUAUUUGUAC